AGCUAAUCCAUAUUAGCAGAAGAAAUUGGCUGUCAUCAUUGUCUUUGGUGAGAUCUGGAGCAUACUUUAUUUGGGACAUGCCUCGGGAGAUGACACCUUCCCACAGAAGGAUAUAUAAUGAAUCAGAAAAGACUGUCCUGAUUUGACGGAGGCUAUGAGACAGGGCAUGUUACCAGACAUGAGGACGGAGACUCGGUACGUGUGGCUUAUGACGUUCUAUUGAAUGGGAACACUGAAGCACAUGAAUGCGGUGGGGAGAGAAGGUGAACUGAAUAAUCUGGAUUCUGGUCCCUGAAAUCCUUAGUGAGGAGGAGACAGCAGAGACUCUGGGUUCUCAUAGACCCACCUUAAAGACAUACCCCAUGACAAACUCAGAAGAGGGAAAUCAUACUGUCACAGAAUUCAUCCUCCUGGGAUUCGGGACUCUUCCUGAACUGCGAAUCCUGUUUUUCCUGCUCUUUCUCUUGAUCUACACUGCAACUGUGGCUGGGAACAUCCUCAUCAUUGUGUUAGUUGUGACUGAUCAGCACUUUCACACCCCCAUGUACUUCUUCCUGGGGAACAUGUCCUGCUUGGAGACCUGCUACACCUCCGCCACCCUGCCCAGCAUGCUGGCCACUCUCCUCACUGAGGACACAACUAUUUCAUUUACUGGGUGUCUCACACAAUAUUAUUUCUUUUGUUCUUUGGUUGCUACAGAAUGCCUUCUCUUGUCGGUGAUGUCUUAUGAUCGGUAUGUAGCGAUAUGCAAUCCAAUGCACUAUACAGCCCGUAUGAGUGGUAGGUUACACCUCCAGCUUGCAAGUGGCUCUUGGACAGGUGGCUUCCUAUGUGGUGGCGUAAUAACAUUGUCAAUAUCACAGUUAACCUUCUGUGGUCCCAAUGGUAUUGAUCAUUUCUUUUGUGAUCUUAUCCCCCUGAUAAAUCUCUCUUGUAAUGACCCUCAGAUGAUGGAAAUGUUGAUUUUCACACUCAGCUUGAUUUUCUCAUUGGUCCCAUUCCUGCUUACCUUGAUGUCCUACAUCUGCAUCAUUGCCACCAUCCUGAGAAUCCCGUCCACCACCGGGAGGCAAAAGGCCUUUUCCACCUGCUCCUCCCACCUCAUUGUGGUGACCAUUUAUUAUGGAACAUUGCUAAUAGUCUACAUGUUCCCAACCACUGACAUCCUCAGAGACUUCAAGAAAGUUCUCUCUGUUGUCUAUGCUGUCCUGACUCCCCUGGUAAAUCCCCUCAUUUACAGUCUGAGAAACAAAGAGGUGAAGGAAGCCCUGAGGAAAGCUUGCAGGAAAUUUGUAUUUGGACAAUGCUAA